CUUUGCUUAAAAUAUCAGAUAGUGUUUGUACAAUGCUCUAUUUGGUCCCAUCACUGCGUCUCUAAAGUCUGGAAACACUCAAAUCACAGCUGGCGCUAUUCCAUCUGAGGCUUUAUAUCAUCCAUUUGUCUUAUCUAUGGUUUCGUGUCAAAGAGUCCAAAAAGUACAUGCCAAAGGAUAUUUCAAAUGAUUCACCAAAUGUAUGAACCAUGACGCAUUUUUUCAAUCGAGUGCGAACAGUCCUUCGGAGAGGUAAACGGGGCUCGAUGUCGGUUGGUCCAAAAGCUUCGGGAUGGAAGCGACUCCCAUCUCAUGUCUUUGUGACGAUCCUAGCCUCCUGUGAUCUGAAGGAUAUUGGUUCUUUGUUUCUUUCCUGUCGAGCACUCCACGACCGGGUUUACAAGUUGGAAUUUGCCAUAGCAUGGGCAUAUAUUCAACUCCGAAAACAGAUGCAUCAUCAAAGCCAUUGUAUUGAUGGCGGCCUGUCCCCGGGUGAUGACAUUUCCUUCAUCUCUGAGUUAUUUCCUUCCCCGCCUCCCGAGUACAGCACAGGCAUGGCUCAUGACAACGCGGGUUAUUCUCUCGGAUAUCUCGGCGAUCUAAAACGAUGCUGGAAUACUUGCAUUCGACUCUCCCACCACCUGGCUGAUCAUGUGGUUGAACAUCACCUGGAUACCGAUGCAAUUGCCCAGCCUUUGUGGUCAUCUUCUAAGACAGAGAGAGAAGUUGUCUACAGUAAAGCCGUGGCUUCGCUUCAGGCCAAGCUUUUGUAUCCGAUAGCCUAUGCGGUAUUCUUUUUGGAAUCACUUGCAUCUUCUGACUCUGACUCUGACCACUCGGGUCACCACAAAAACAUGGCUUGUUCUAUUGAAAGACAGCAAUCAAUUCUUCGAAAAGCGCCUUUUGACGACACACUUAUAUUUCUGUCGACCCACCACUGUAUGCAGCUUCUAUUUUCGACGGUCCAGCGCUUGAUGGGCCCGGAAAUUCCCCAUUCCUCCGCCGGAAGCUGGUUGAGUAUCCUUCUCACCACUUCAACCAUGGAGAGAAUCCUCGACUUCUUUGUUUCCAUCACGAAGGACGACCAAAGAAAACAAAAUGGCGAGCAUGAUUCUACGUGGUCUCAUAGAAAGGAGUUUUUGUGGGCGAUGCGAAAGGAUCUGAACGAGUACAUGGCGUCUUUCAGUGAUCAUGGUGAACAAACAUUCGAGCCAAAGCUUAACCAUAUAUGGUUCCAAGCAGCACGCAAUGAGAUGGAUCGACGAGGAGCUAUUCCGCAUACUGUUAACUAUUCAGAAGUGCACGUUCUCCUCGGGUCUGUUGUGAAAUGGGAAUGUGAAUACUGCUAUGAUGUUUACGAUGAAUGAUAGCUCCGUGCAAUUAUUCGGCGAUAUAUCGAGUUACUUUUGACUGAAC